UGGUUGUGGCAGUUGCCUUGUCCUCUUCUAGGUGAAUUUUAUUUUGUCACUAACCAGUUCAAUUAAUGGGGUUAGUGAUUGACUGGAUUGAGUCAAUUGACUUCAGUGAACCCAGUAAAGUAGAGCCUUGUUUAUGUUGUGUGGUUUUGUUAGAGAAUUUCUUCCACUGGGAUUUUAAACACAUCUAACCAGAGUUUGUGCCAUGGCUCUCCAAUUUUCCACUUGUGUGCGAAGAUUUUCUAAAUCUGCUGCCUUUUCUGCAGCCAUAAACAAUGUUACAGUCAUUGGAGGAGGGCUUAUGGGAUCUGGUAUUGCACAGGUGGCAGCACAGGCCGGCAACAAAGUAACCCUAGUAGAGGUAAAUGAUGCUGCCUUGCAGAAGGCCACGAGUGGUAUCGAAAACAGCCUCAAGAGGGUUGCUAAAAAGAUCUACAAAGAAAAACCAGCAGAAGCAGAAAACUUUAUCAAGGAUAUAACAAGUAGGAUUACAUACACCAAGGACUUGCCUGCUUCUGUCAAACAGAGUGAUCUUGUGUUAGAAGCUAUUGUUGAAAAAAUGGCAGUCAAACAUGAACUCUUCUCGAAAAUUGAUCCGAUUGCUCCAGAAAGUACAAUAUUUGCUUCAAACACGUCAUCUUUGUCUAUUGGGGAAAUAGCUUCUGUGACUAAACGGAAAGACAGGUUUGCUGGACUGCAUUUCUUCAACCCUGUUCCGGUCAUGAAACUACUGGAGGUGAUCAGGAUCCCAGAAACAUCAGAUGAGACCUAUACGAAGCUGAUGGAGUGGGGGAAGCAGAUAGGCAAGGUGACAAUAACGUGCAAGGACACUCCAGGAUUUGUUGUCAACCGUCUACUGGUUCCGCUCAUGUGUGAAGCUGUCAGGAUGAUGGAAAGAGGGGAUGCUUCUGCCAGAGAUAUUGAUAUCGCCAUGAAGCUAGGUGCUGGCCACCCAAUGGGACCAUUCGAACUGGCCGACUAUGUGGGACACGACACAACAAACUCUAUAGUUACUGGUGAGAAUAAUCAAAAUAUUUUAAAGAGCUCUUCAACAGUGGACUGUAAAUACUCUUGUCCAUUUUUCAUAGUCGAUUAUAGCUAUAUUUUAUCAUUCAUUGGUUGGGUUGGAUAACGCACUCCAUUUUUA